AUGGAGCAGAACAUUCAGAACGUCCCAAUUGACAUUCAGACCAGCAAACUUUUAGACUGGCUGACAGAUCGGCGUCACUGCAAUCUCAAAUGGCAGAAUGCUGUUCAAGGGAUCAGAGAGAAAAUCAACUCCGCCAUGCAGGAUAUGCCAGAGAACGAGGAGAUCAAGCAGCUCCUCUCAGGUUCCUACAUCCAUUACUUCCACUGUUUGAGAAUUGUGGAGAUCCUGAAGGGAACGGAAGAGUCAUCCAAGAAUAUUUUUGGCAAAUAUUCCUCGCAAAGGAUGAAGGACUGGAAUGAGAUUGUCAAUUUGUACCAGGCAGAUAAUGCCUAUUUGGGUGAGUUAGCCAGCCUGCUAAGUCGCAACGUUAGCUACGAAGGUCCGGCAAUGAGGAAGCAGCUGGCCAAAGCCAAGCAGCUGCAACAGGAGAUGAGCCGGCGGGAGGUGGAGUGCCAAAGCUCGGCCGCCAAACUACGGGAGCACUACUAUACUUCCUGUAAACAGUACGGCAUCAAGGGUGACAACGUUCCUCGUGAGCUUCAGGGUCUGGUCAAAGAUCUCCCUGAUGUUCUUGACAAAGUGGGCACGGAUGCCGCCAGACUUGAAGAGAAAAUCCAACUUUACGCUGCUUUCACCAACUUUGUAUGCGAGUGGUCGGAACCAGUUCUUCCUAUGUUGACUUUCGCACAGAAGAGAGGGAACGCCACCUUCUACGAGUGGCGGACCGGGAAUGUACCCACAGUGGUGGAAAGGCCGCAGGUGGAGGAGACACCUGAGGAAGCGCCGGUUGAAGACACGAUUGACUGGGGAGACUUUGGCACCCAGGAGUCCAGCUCUGAAAUCACGGUGGAGGACGGAAUUGACUGGGGCAUUAGUGUGGAGCCCAGCUCAGAGGAUGGCGGCAGCGGUACAAUCGACUGGGGAGACGGCGACCCCGCUCCCGUUGAGAUUGAGGUUGUGCAAGCAAGCACAGACUGUCUUGAAGGUGUGGCGAGAGGCGACGAUGCAUUGAACUUGCUGGAAAACGCCAAGUCACGUGGACAGUUCAUCGAUGAACUCAUGGAGCUGGAAACGUUCCUCAGCCAGCGCCUCACCGAAAUGGGCCAAGAGAGCGACGUGGUGGCCAUGAGUCAGUUCCAGUCGGCACCGCGCGUCAUUCAAAUCCAGAGCAGCGAGCAUGUCCGCGAAAUGCUCUCGGAUGUUCAGGACAUGCUGGGCCGGCUCACGUCUCUCCGGAUGCAGCACCUCUUCAUGAUCCUCGCUUCACCGCGGUACGUGGAGCGCGUGACAGAAGUGUUGAGGCAGAAAAUGAAGCAGGCCGACAUUCUGGAGGUGAAGGCCGUGAGCAUGGUGGAGAAAAGGCGAGAAGCCCUGGAGGAACAGUCGAGGCUCGAGCCUCAGAUCGACCUGUUGGCAGAACGUACACAGGACCUGAAAAAAUUGAUUGAAGGGGACAUUUCCAAGCGCUACAACAACCGGCCAGUCAACCUGAUGGGCGUCAUCAUAUAA